UAAAAGACACGAGGAGGCGUUAUCAUCACCUGCCCGAACAGAGGCAGCUCAGCUUACCAACGAGGAGGACGCAGACCAGAAUAAAAGCCAAGAUGCCCAUAGACCUAUACUACAUGCCUCUGUCACCUCCCUGCCGGUCGGUACUGCUGACGGCCAAGGCAGUGGGCGUCGAUCUCAACCUGAAGCUGCUCGACCUCAUGACGAAAGAGCAGAUGAAGCCCGAUUUCGUGGCCAUCAAUCCCCAGCACAGCGUUCCUACCAUGGUCGACGGGGACCUGAAGCUGUGGGAGAGCCGCGCCAUCUGCACCUACCUGGCAUCCAAAUACGCCAAGGACGACUCCCUCUACCCGUCCGCGAAGACGCGCGCCCUCGUCGACCGCCUCCUCUACUUCGAUGGAACGCUCUACCAGAGAUACGGAGAGUAUGCGUAUCCCGUGAUGUUCUUCGGGCAAGAGAAGGUCGACCCGACGAAGCUGGAGAAGCUGCACGAAGCCCUGGGCUGGCUCGACGGGUUCCUGGCCGGCCACGACUGGGCCGUCGGCAACAGCGUCACCGUAGCCGACUUCGUCCUGGUCGCCUCCGUGUCCACCUUCGAGGUGAGCGGCAUCGACCUGAGCAAGCACAGGAACGUGACGGCGUGGCUGGCGCGCUGCAAGAACGGCCUGCGGGGCUACCACGAGGCGAACACCCCCGGCGUGAAUGACAUCGGCAAAAUGGCCAAGGCGAAGCUUGCAGGCAAGUAGGGGCGCGGCUUUUGCGAGGGCGCCACUGGGAGUGGGAGUUCCUCUCGAAAAGGCUCUGUCACAUGUAAGACAAUCAACCGAGAGAGGGAGAGUGAACGGAGAUUUAGAAUGACGAAUACUACUGCUUUUCCCCAAAAUAAAGGAGUGACAGUU